AUGGUAAUCACAAACUUCAACGGAGCCGGCGUCGGAUUUGGUUUCGGUGUUGGUUGCGGUUUCGGUGUUGGAUGGGGUUUCGGAGGUAUGCCAUUGAACUUCUUGGGUCUUGGUGCAGGUGGAGGCUGUGGCGUUGGAGUAGGACUUGGUUGGGGUUUUGGUACUGCUUUUGGUAGUAGGUAUCGGUUGUCAAGAAUCACAUUUCAAGGAAUGGAAUUUGACAGUAAGGAGAAAAGUGAGAGCACGGAGUUGUCAAAACCGAAUCCAGAAAUAAGAAGUUCAAGAUAG